GAACGAGGGAGGGUGGAACAGAGGUAGAGAGAUUCACACAGCAUAGCCCUCACAGGGUAGACAGCAUCGCUCUGAAACGCACUCACAAGCAAACAAAAAGAGAGGCUAAACACAUCAAAAUCCUUUAAGACGACAACAGGAACCCAGUCCUUAAGAAAAGAUGGGGCCCGGAUUGUUCUGGAACUUUCCGUCCAAGACUAGCUGCACGGUUCCACAGAGCCUGCUGCAGACAAUGUUGCUCUCCAGGAUGGCUGGCAUGAAGGAUCAGCAGUUCACUGAAGAGAAACCACUACUGCCAGAAUCCAGGGGACAGGAAACAGAGAUGGCUAAAGGACAGUGUGUGCACGCGCUGCCCUCUGCUACGCCCUCCCCUCAAAUGGCUCGCCCCCCAAAACGCUGGCAUGCCAUCGCCCGACACUGGCUCGGCCUGACGCGCCGUCGGACCAGCGGGUACUUCCCGGAAAACUGCGAAACCUUUGUAGCUGCAGGAGAUUGGAAGGAACAUGACAUUGAAACGCCUUAUGGGAUGUUGCACGUGGUGAUCCGCGGGGCUCCCAAGGGCAACAAGCCAGCUAUCCUGACCUACCAUGAUGUUGGGCUCAACCACAAGCUGUGCUUCAACACCUUCUUCCACAAUGAAGACAUGCAGGAGAUCACGAAGCAUUUUGUGGUGUGCCACGUGGAUGCCCCAGGCCAGCACAUUGGUGCCCCCCAGAUGCCACAAGGGUAUCAGUAUCCCACAAUGGAUCAGCUAGCUGGGAUGCUUCCUAGUGUGGUGCAACACUUUGGCUUCAAGAGCAUUGUGGGAAUUGGAGUUGGGGCUGGUGCCUACAUCCUCACCAAAUUUGCUCUGAUUUUUCCUGAUUUUGUGGAGGGUUUGGUUCUACUCAACAUUGACCCCAAUGGGAAAGGAUGGAUCGACUGGGCUGCCACAAAAUUGUCAGGACUCACCAGUGCUUUACCAGACACUGUCCUGGCUCACCUCUUCAGCCAGGAAGAGCUUAUGAGCAACACAGAAAUUGUGCAAAACUACCGCCAACAGAUCAACAACACCAUCAACCAGUUUAACCUACAGCUCUUCUGGAAUAUGUACAACAGCCGCAGGGAUUUGGAAAUGAACCGCAGUGGCUCUGUGCUAAAUGCGAAGACCCUGAGGUGCCCGGUCAUGCUGGUCGUUGGUGAUAAUGCUCCGGCUGAGGAGGGCGUGGUUGAGUGCAACUCCAAGCUGGAUCCAACCAACACCACAUUCCUGAAGAUGGCUGAUUCAGGAGGAAUGCCUCAAAUUACACAGCCUGGAAAACUAACAGAGGCUUUCAAGUACUUCCUGCAGGGAAUGGGAUACAUUGCUUAUAUGAAGGAUCGGAGAAUGAGUGGGGGGCCAGUGCCUUCAGCCAGUAUGACCCGUCUUGCUCGCUCACGAACGGCUUCUCUGACCAGCGCCGGCUCCGUGGAUGGUUCUCGCAACCGCGCAUGCACACACUCAGAUAGCACUGAGGGAGUUGGGCAGGUCAGCCACACCAUGGAAGUGUCCUGCUGAACCCUCGUGCACCGUCUCACAUGCACACAUUUAGAGAGACGUGGCAUGGAAGGAGGGCGUGAGAAGAAUGAAGGUCUCAUACUGCUUUCAUUCUUUCUUUCUCAGCCAUUUUCUAUGUCCUUUCUCUCAGUUUUUUCAGUGUUAGCCCUCAUAAAGGAAUACUUCACCCAGAAAUGAAAAAACUUUCAUCAUUUAAUUACCCAAUUGUCUUUAGAAACCCGUAUGACUUUAUUUCCUUUGUAGAACACUAAAUAUUUGUAGCCCAAGCUGCUUUUUUUUCAUAUAAUGAAAGUGAAUAUUAACUUUUUUCCCCAUUAUUUGGCUUCAGAAGACCUGACAUAUAGUGUACAGGUCAUAUGCACCACCUUUAUGAUGCUUGUAUAGUGCUUUGUCCCUUUAUGAGCAUGACAGCACUUGGUCCCCAUCCACUUUCAUUGUAUGGAAGAAAGCAGCUUGGACAUUCAUCUGUUUUUGUGUUCCACGGAAUAAAAAAACAACAUGCGAGUUUAGAAGAACCUCAGUUUGAGGUUUUCAUUUUGAGUUGAACUAUUCCUUUAAUCUGUAAAAUGAAGACUUGCUGUCAUUUCCCCCAUCAGAACAGUGUUUGAUUUCCCUCAAUUUUAUAACACGGUUACUUAUCGCUCAAUGUGUCAGUAUUUCUGCACCCUUCGCUUGCUGCCUCUGGGCUUCACCUUCUCCUAUGACAAAACUACAAAUACCAUCAGCUCCUGCUCUCACUCAUUCCUGUCCUAUGACAGUCUUUGAGGAGUAACUGAUGGAUUGGGUCGCAGGUAGAGGGGGUUGGUCCUGAGGAAGAGGACGAAACAAAGCAAGAGAAAGAAGAAGGGAAGGUUCUUAAAUCAGAGGGUGAUUUAUGAGUGAACCAUGUUAUUCUCUCCCUCUCAAUUAUGAACGAAAACAAAAAGCGAUUGUAUAGUCGAAGAGGGUGAAAAUCUCUUAACCAGUAAACAGUAGCUUUCGGCUAAUCAUCUCAGCUCAUUCAGUCACUGGGAAUGUAUGUAUCACCUCGUACUGUAAGAAAGAAUCACCUUUUUGAUAGUUUUUUAUUAUUAUUUGAGCUGAAUUUGAUUUUAUUUCUUAUUUGAAAUGUUAAUGAAGCAUGAAAAACAGUUUUAAGCUAAAAAGUAGGAGUAUAACUUGACCACUGAUUUGCCUUAAAAUAUUAUUAAACUUUAUUAGAGUGUAUAAUUUUGCCAUUCACUUUCAAAUCAAGUGUUGCUUCAUUAAAGAUGACAUACCGUCCCACACAAGUACCCUUUUAGUGUGCACUCACUGUCAUAUGAAAGUGGCUUUGCUUGGGAUCGGUUCUGUACGAUCUCUUUUUUAUAGACAAUCAGCUUCUGACCCAAACCAAACCGGACCGUCGUCUGAGGCAAAGCCUGUGUGAUAGGGUUUGCAGUUCGUUAAUGGUACAGAAUCAAGGCCUCCCGUUUCCCUUACAGCACCCAGCCCCGCACGAAGAAUAUACCAAAGCUACUGAUACAAAUGCACACACGAAUGCACAUGUACAUUUUCCGAUGAGGGCUGGGCUUUGCAAGGUAACAGAGCUUUUGUAUGCAUAUAUACUCGCACACACACACACACACACACACACACACACACAAACAAAAUUAUUGUACUCACAUGUAACUUGCACAUAAACGACAGAAGGAUUCACAUGUAUUAGAAUCAAGCUCAUUUAGAUCUGUACAUCAACAUUUAGUUAUUUUUUGUGCUAUUUUACAAUGGACCUUUCUCUCAAUGGACCUUUUUACACGGUUCUUAGAAGUGGAAGUCAGCAUAGUUGGGUACAUUUUUAUAGUUGUGAAUGGAAACUACACAGCAAAAUCCCCAGAGUUAAAUCAACUAUGCUCAGAUUACAUAUGGUCCCUCUCUAUAUAGUGUUAAAGUAACACUGAAGCAGAGUUAAAGUUAAUGAGAUAAUUAAGUGAUUCAUUAAGUUAUGAUUGAGCAUUAGUGAUGAACACCUGCUGUUAACAAGCAGAAUCACUGAAGAGAAAUACAAUAACUACAAAUGACUUCCAGCCACAGCCUUAGAUGAAAUCAACUGAAGAUAAAAGACAUUAAAUGUCUCAAGAUCUGAAUAAACAACUCCACAAAAAGCAUAUUAUCUCAUUAACUUUAACUCUGCUUCAGAGUUAUUUUAACGCUAUGAAGAGAGGGGCCAUAUGUUCUCUGAGCAGAGCUGAUUUAACUCUGGAGAUUUUGCUGUGUACGACAAAUCAAUUUUUUGCAUUCCACUUUGCUCCAAUAGCAAAAGAAAAAUUUAUAGUAGGAAAAUAAAUAAUGAGACAUUGAUUAGAAAGACUGCCACACUUCCAAACCCGUUGUAUUAGAAACACUCACGCAGCAGCUUGAACUAUUUUUCUGAAAUUUAUUGCCAAGUAAUAUAACACAAAGUACAGUGUUAUAACAUUCAUUUUUUUAAAAAAUAGAAAAAAUAAUGGUCUGUCUGUGAAAAAGGUCCAUUAUUGGAAAAAUCUGUUGUUGAUGUAUGUAUACAAACUGCAAAAAAAAAAAAAAAAGCAACACUAACAAUCACAUGAAUGAACGGAAAAUGAAUGAAUGAAUGAAUGAAUGAACAAAUCAGCGAACAAACAAAAAAAAUGAGCAAAUGAAUGAUCGAACAAAUAAAUGAAUGAAAUAGAAUUAAGUUCCAGAGGUGACUGACGUGAGCUCAGAUCCGAUUGGCCGGAACAGCUAACGUGGGACUUACGAGGGCGGAGCAACCAUUGACUUUACAUUCCACACUCGCUCUUUUCUGUCUUAUUGAAUGUCAGUUUUCCUACGGCUUCCUCGAACGGGAAGCACACAAUUACAACUUUUCAGGGGCGUUUCAUGUGUGUUUGUCUGUAAGGGGCGGGGCUUUCUGGAGCAUGUCGCUCCAAGCUCGGAAUGUAGGGCAAAUCCCACCCCCCAACAAACCCAACCCCCCAAAAACAAGGUGCCCCGCCCCUCACAGACACUUCCAGUCGCUCCCAAAGGGCUAUCGACCCAGGCAACGCAUCGUGAUCGACCUCACUCCAUGCAAAGCUUGGCGCAGUACUGUAGAUACUGUACAAAGAGAAAGAUGAAUGCGUGAAACGGAAUAAACGGUGAAUGUGAAAAAGGAAAGAGAGGGAGAGAUGGAACGAAAGGACAAAUGGAGGGUGUUCAAAGUGGGAGGGUGAAAGUCAAAUUCAAAAUAGCGACAGGUUUCCUCCUAAAGACUGAAUGGACAAACACAUGUUCUUCCCCGGUAUUGAUUUGCAUGAGUUUUGAUAAUGCAACCUCGUGUUUGUGUCGUUUUCCUUGAUUUCCUGUCUGAAGUAUGCAGUUGUUAGCUCUUAUUAAGAAAUAAAGAGCAUGCCCACCUUUCAAAGGUGCAUUUUUUUCCCGAUCCCUGAUCUUCGCCCGAGGGCCCUGAAUGUAUAAUGUCCUUUGAAAGUGCUGUACAGUAUUGUCGAUGUGGCCCCAUAUCACCUUUACUCAAAUCAGGGCUCGCACCAGUUUGACCUGCCACACCUGCCUUCCCUUGCACCCUUACCUUCUCGAUCUAUGUUCUACGCUGUAGAUAUUCGCUGUUUUUAGGGCGUAAAUCUAAAAAUAGGUCUGUACCACUAGCCUUGUCAUGUGGAACUGUUAUACUUUUGAUUUCCCUUGAGUUCCUUUUUUAUAAUACAGUAGUUCUUAUUUAACCAUGUGUUGCAUCUCUUUUUGUGAGGAUUUAAUGAGUAUUAUUAUUAAUAAUAUGAUUACAAUUGUUACGAUUAGCCAUUGUUUUAUAUUAAGCAAUAAGUUGUUGAUGUUUUCUUUCUGGAAGGGGGCUGGUUGUUACAAAUAUGUCUAAAGAUACAGUAGGAGUCACUCUUAACCUGCUUUGCCAUAAGACAACUACAAAAAAUAAUGUGUUUAUGUAAUAUGUACAUCUAUAUACAAGCUGUCACUGUCUGUGUACUAAAAAUCUGAACGUGCGAUAAAUAAAAAUGGAUACAAACAGGAUAA